UGUACCUACCACUCGGCCCCGCUUCCCAGGCUUGGGCUGAGCGCAGGCUGGGGGCAUUGGGGUGAAUGAAGCAGGCGAGAAAAAAGGAGGCCCCUGCAAAUUAAAGCUGACCGCUUCCUCCCUUCUCCUUCUGCAUUCCUGUGAAGACGACACCGAUUCCACGCGGUUCACACUGCUCUUGCAAAUUGCCUGCAGUGUGACUGUUGGGACUACUACACUACUGUGGACGCCGGCGUCGUGCUAGGGACCACCAUUUUUCACAGCAGCAAACAGACGCGCCGUAUAUUUCGACGAGCCCUCUGUGCUACGACAGAUCUCUCGUCUGAGGCUGCAACUCGUCGAUCUGUGGAGCGUCGCGACCACGCGAACAGACCAUUUGCAUACAAAGUCGCCGUGCCAAUCCGGGCAAGAAUAUUCAAAAUGCGCGACACUGUUCUCGGCUCGCUUUUCCUUGCCUCGGCAACCCUUGCAUCCGCCCACCGCCCCGAAUGCCUCAGCACCCGCAGCCGGGAACUCGCAGCCGCCGCGUCUUGCGGCGACAAGGGUUCUCUCAACUACUGCAUCUCCAACCUCCCCGCCUCGCCACAGCCCGAGGCUGUCUCGCAAGAACUUGAGCGCUGCUUCGUCUCCGCAGGCUGCACGCCCGCCGAGUCCCAGAUCGAGGCCUUCUGGGUGCUCAAGCGAUGCGACGCCGCCUCGGCCGACCUCCGCCGCGGCCGCCGCCAGAACGACGACCAUGACGCCGUCGACGCCCGACAAACCACCACGGCCGCCGCGGCGGCCACCACAACCGCCUUCAACGACAACGAAUCGUCCCCCUCCCCCUGCUUCACCGACUCACCCACCGAAAUCACCGUCUGCCCGAUCCAGACGACGGGCGCCGACGCGGGCAAGAAACUCUCGUGCUACCCGACGGCCACGACCACCCCGAAAUGCCGCGACGGCCUCAUCUGCCAGUCGGACGCGCAGGGCAACCCGUCGUGCAUGUACAAGCAGUCGUCGCUGGGAAUCGAGGGCACCAUCAUCGCCAUCGUCUUCGCGUCCGCCAUCGUGCUGUCCAUCGUGGCCGUCUGCUUCAUGUGCUGUCGCGAGCGGCGCGAGCACCGGCGCAUCGAGCGGGCCGCCGAGGCCGCGCGCAUCGCCAAGGAGGCCAAGACGUCGGCGACGGUGGCGGGCAAGCGGCCCGGCGCGGCCGUGACGGGCGCUGGUGGUGUUGAGGCCAGCCAGCCGCUCAUGUACCAUCAGGCCGACGGCGGUUUGUCCGGUGGUCCGCAGCACUAUCCUCCGCCGAUGCCCUCCAUGCAGCAGGGCUAUGGCGCCGCGAAUCCGUUUGCGGAUGCCGCUCAUGACGGGCAUCCGUUGAGGUGA